AGUGGCCACAAUUUUUGGUCACUAAGAUUUUCUCAACAACUCAAUACACUUCCUUUUUUGUUUUCCUGCGUUCAUAAUCCAUCUCCAAAAUUCUUUCGCCAUGGCCACAAUCACAAAUUUCCUAUCAACACCUUCAUCAUCCCUACCAGCAAACCCUAGAAUCACUCCUCUUCGUUAUCAUGGCGCUUCUCUUCCACUACCCUUUUCCACUAAACACAAACCAAUCUCAAUAAAAUUAGAAACAAACAGAACAAGCUCCAUAGUAAAGGCAACAGCUGCCUCCGAUACAAAAAAAACUAUCAGUGACGAAAAAGUAAUAAAAAUUCACAGCGCUGAGGAUUUCGAUGAAGCUUUGAAGUCGGCAAAGAAUAAGCUUGUUGUUGUAGAGUAUGCAGCUACCCAUAGCGUAAACAGCCAAAAAAUCUACCCGUUUAUGGUAGAACUCAGCAGAACCUGCGGUGACGUGGAUUUCCUCCUUGUAAUGGGCGAUGAAUCGGAAAAAACCAGAGAGCUUUGCCGACGAGAGAAGGUAGACAAAGUCCCACACUUCAGUUUCUAUAAAUCCAUGGAGAAGAUCCACGAAGAAGAAGCCAUAGGCCCAGAUCGACUCAUGGGAGACGUGCUAUACUACGGAGACAACCAUUCUGGAGUGGUGCAGCUGCAUUGCAGAGAAGACGUGGAGAAGCUGAUCGACGAUCAUAAAGCUGAUCAUAAACUGAUUGUUCUUGAUGUAGGGUUGAAGCACUGUGGGCCAUGUGUGAAGGUUUAUCCGACGGUUCUGAAGCUGUCGAGACAGAUGUCUGAUACGGUUGUGUUUGCGAGAAUGAACGGUGAUGAGAACGAUAGCUGCAUGCAGUUCUUGAGAGAUAUGGAGGUUAUUGAAGUGCCUACGUUCUUGUUUAUUAGAGAUGGCAAAAUUGAUGGAAGAUAUGUUGGAUCUGGUAGAGGUGAGCUUAUUGGUGAAAUUCUUAGAUACCAAGGAGUUCGAGUUACUUACUGAUUAUAAUUAAGCCACAAAUUCUUAUAAUUUACACAUUUUUAUUGAUUAUUAAAAAGUUUGAUGAUUAGUGAUUUAUAUAUACUAGUUUAUUGUGUACGAGUCUUGCACGUGAUUUAUAUUUUUAAAAUUAUUACGAAUUAUAUCUGAGAUUGUUAAA